UGUACGUGUCGGCCCACGUCACUCUCGUAACGUCAGAACGGCCCAAGAUGGCGACCACCAGUGGCAGCGGCGAUGCUAACGCGGCUACGAGCAGCCGCAAGCACCUGGGUAUUCCUCAGGCCGUGUUUGUGGAAGAUGUUAUUGCAUUUAUGAAACAGCCAGGUAAUGAGACAGCAGACCUAGUACUGAGGAGGCUAGAUGAGCAAUACCAAAAAUACAAAUUCAUGGAGCUGAAUCUAUCGCAAAAGAAAAGAAGGCUAAAAAGUCAAAUCCCAGAAAUUAAACAGACAUUAGAAAUUUUAAAACACAUGCAGAAGAAAAAGGAUUCCACAGAUCCCAUGGAGACGCUGUUUCUCCUUGCAGAUAACUUGUAUGCUAAAGCAUCUAUCACUCCUACGGAUAAAGUGUGCUUAUGGUUGGGGGCUAAUGUAAUGCUUGAAUAUGACAUUGAUGAGGCUCAAGCAUUACUCGAGAAGAAUCUGACAACUGCAACCCGUAAUCUGGAAGGACUAGAAGAAGAUCUGGACUUCCUUCGAGAUCAGUUCACCACCACAGAAGUCAAUAUGGCAAGAGUUUAUAACUGGGAUGUUAAAAGAAGAAGCUCUGAAGCAGCUUCUAAGAGUAGCGCAUAGUUCACAAAACACAUUUUUACACAUAGUUAAACUCCAAAACUCACUUUUUUUUCUUUAAAAUAUCCACCAAUUUGGCAACAUUUGUGUUUGGAAAGCUGCAGUUAUUUUUGUCUUUGGAAACAAAGCCGUGUUGAAUGUUAACCCCGAGAACAGAUGAGACUAAAACUACAGUUAUGUGGGUAUACUGGUUUAUUGCAUGCUUAUAAGGCUUUUGUGCAAAUGAAUGACGUGGAGUACAGGUUCAAAAUGUCAUUACCAGUUUUCACAAGCCACACUUGCUGCAGUCCUGCAGCCCAGUCUUACAGACGCAGUGGAUACCUUGUGUAUCCAUGCAACUGGUUCUUGCUGUGAUACAUGUAAAGAUUUUGUAUCGUUCUAUCAUGUGUUAAUAAACUGCUGAACAGACUAAAA